AUGGCUCUGAAGAUGUGUCGUGGCGUAAUUGCCCUACUCAGAUUAUCCAGCCAGGUUGUGGCUCAGUCAUACAGCACAUCAUCAGAGUUCAAAGCCUGUGAUGCCCUCUUUGAUGCUGGGCUUGGAGAUAUUCUAGUCUUUCCGACCAACAUCGCUUACACCGAGAGUACCUCGACAUACUAUUCGUCAGAAAACCGUCGACUUCGACCUUACUGUAUUGUCCAGCCGCGCUCGACUGAGGAUGACUCCUUCGCGAUCAAGGCUCUGGGUAGUGUGAGCAGUGCUGGGAAUUGGGACAUUGCCGUCCGCUCUGGUGGUCAUAGUGACUACGACAACAAUGCUGCUCACCGAGGAGUGACUAUCGACCUUACUUUCUUCAACUCCACCGAGCUUGUCAAAAGCGGCUGUUUCAACGGGACUGCCGAUUGGAGGGGACAGAGUGUUCUGACAAAUAGUAUCGCUCAAAUCCGCCCUGCUGCCCGUUGGGGCAACGUCAUGACCUACCUCGAAACAUACAAUUUGGGAGUCACAGGCUAUGAAGUGGUUCUCGCUAAUGGAUCGAUGGUCGAGGCUACUGCUGAGGAAAACGCAGACCUCUUGAAGGCUUUGGAAGGCGGUGGAAGCAACCUAGGAAUUGUCACUCGGUUCGAUGUUAGAACCUUCACCGUACCCCCUUCCGGUGCCUAUGGAGGCCUGAUCUUCGCUUCCUGGAGCGACUUGGACAUCAUCAUUAACCAUUCAAUUGGUUCUGGCAACCCCGACCACGAGUCUGUCGUCUAUCGAUCCGAUGCCGGCAACCUAGCUGUGAUGGCCAUGGCCGUCAGUACUGACGGCAACGAAAAUUCGACGACGUUUGCCCCGUUCAAAGACAUUACUCUGACGAGGGACAUGAGAUUCAAGCAGCCUCUCAGCAAGAUUGCGGCGACCAUUGCCGACACUGGCGGAUCACAUUACAUUCCUUUCUCUCUGUCUUUGCAAGCCACGCCGGAGAUCAUGGAAAAGGCUGCCGACAUCUUCGUGGCUCUGACACAAGAGUUGGAUGCCACCAGUGUUCCGGUUUCCGUCAACUUUGUUUUCCAACCACUGCCCAAGAACCUCGCCUCAGUCAAACCCGGCAAUAACAUCCUAGGCUUCGAGAAAAACCUACCUGCCGACUCAAUUCUCUUCGAGGCUAGAGGCACCCUGGUAGAUACCGAUGUAGAGUAUGGAGGAAUUGUUGAGAGCAUGAUGGGCAGGGCCAUCGAAGAGCUGAGGGCGUACUCUGCUUCUUUUGAAGGUCACUCGACAUUUCUGUACGUGAAUUACGCCGACCCGGAGCAAGACGUUAUUGGAUCCUAUGGCGCAGAAAGUGUACGGCUACUGAAGGAUACAGCUGCAAAGUACGACCUGGCGGGCUUUUUCCAACGUCGGAUUCCUGGAGGGUGA